UUUAGGAAAAAACUCUUUAAAUUCUCUCUCCUCCACAUCCACCAAAAGCUCAAACCCCAUGGAAGGAGACUCACCACCCUUCUGGCCCCAACCCACCACCGCCCUCCUCCACCGCCGCCGCUCCUCGCCUCCGAUUCUCAACCCGGUGGUGCUCAUCAUACUCAUCCCAAUCCUUGCUUUACUCAUCAUUUUCUUCUUAAUCCCUUUACUUCUCUCUCACACCUCUCACAUCUUCAGACCCAAUUCAGUGAAGAAAAGUUGGGACUCAUUCAACAUCUUGCUCGUUCUUUUUGCGAUUCUCUGUGGCGUUUUCGCCAGAAAAAACGACGAUGGAUCGAACGGCACUGAUGAGAGAAGCAGUACUAAUGUUGGUGCUUCGAAUGCUUCGUUCGAUGUUGAUAAAUCUGAGCCGUCGGGGACGAGUCAGUGGUUUGAGUAUUCUGAUCGGAAGGUGUAUAGUUCUCCGGCUAUGGCCGGAGCUGGCCGGUUGAGGCGGAGCUGUAGCUCGUACCCGGAUCUGAGGCAAGUGCCGGUGUCGGACCCUGGCGACAGUUCGUUUCGGUUUUUUGAUGAUUUUGAAUUGAACUUGUAUCGAUCGACGCCGGCGUCGGAGGCGUCGGAGUAUAGUAGCCGCCGUGAGUGGCGGAGCGAGGUGGAGAGAGAUGAAUCGAAUGUUAAGGUUAUUCCGGUGGAUAAAUUUGUAGAUACGAUGGGGACAGAGACUCCGCGGCCGAAGUCACCGGCGCCGCCACCUCCUACGCCGCCUCCGCCACCGGUGAGGAGAUCGUUUCAAAGUGUUGCGCGUGAAAGCCGAUCGCCGCCGACUACUUCUCCUCCUCCGCCACCGCAGCCGGUGUUGAAUGGAUUGGAGGAGAGGAAGAUGAGCAGAGCUGAUCGGAAAAGGAGUGGCACUGCGAAGGAAAUAUCGGCGGAGGUACCUAAUUCUUUGGAUAGUCGGAGAAAGCGAAAGAGGAAGGUGAAAACAAGGAACAUUUACGAUAAUUCGCAUCAAUCUCCACCUUCUAUGCAUUCAGUGCCACCACCAUCGCCGCCGCCUCCUCCGCCGUCGGCGUUCCAUAACCUGUUUAGAAAAGGAACGAAAAGUAAGCGAGUUCACUCCGUUUCAGCUCCACCACCUCCACCACCGCCACCUCCUCCACGGCGUUCAAUGUUCAAUAACAUCUUCAAAACUGGAAGCAAAAGUAAGCGGUUUCAGUCAGUGUCUAGUAGUACUCCUCCGCCGCCUCCUCCGCCACCACCGUCGUCGAUCUUCAACAAUAUUUUCAAAACUGGUAGCAAAAGUAAGCUUUUUCAUUCAGUUUCUACACCUCCUCCGCCGCCACCGCCACCGCCACCGCCACCGCCUCCAUCAUCGAGACGAACUAGCCAGACUCAAUUUCAGUCAGAUUCUACUCCUCCGCCACCACCGCCGCCGCCACCGCCACCGCCGCUGCCGCCGCCGUCAUCUAUCUUCAACAAUAUUUUCAAAUCCGGUAGCAAAAGUAAGCUUUUUCAUUCACCUUCUACUCCCUCUACUCCUCCACCACCUCCUCCCUCAUCAAGACGAACGAGCCAAACUCGACCUCCACCGCCGCCACGUCCUCCGCCGCCGCCUCCACCUGACUCUUCAAGGCGGCGAAACUCAACCACCACCGGCCGGCCGCCGUUGCCGACAAAGGUGGAUCACAAUGUGAACAGCGGCGGUCAGUCGCCACUGAUUCCUCCGCCGCCUCCGCCGCCACCGUUUAGAAUGCCAGAGGUGAAGUUUGUUGCCCGUGGUGAUUUUGUUAGGAUACGGAGCGCCCAUAGCUCUCGGUGUAGUUCUCCGGAAUUAGAAGACGUUGAUUUCUCAUCAACGAAAUUCACAUCGUACCCGAUGGGCGGUGGAGAUUCGUUGGGCCCAGUAACAUGUCCAAGCCCAGAUGUGAACACAAAGGCUGAUACAUUCAUUGCUAGACUGAAAGAUGGAUGGAGAUUAGAGAAGAUGAAUUCACAAAGAGAGAGAGUUCAAAUAUGGGCUCAUGCCCAGGCCCAAUUCCAAGCCCAAGCCCAAUCCCAGUCCCAGAUAUGAACAUUAUCACCUAUAUGGAAUCUUCUGUCUCAAAAUUUUUUUAUCUUGUUCUCAAAAUAUUUAUAGCCGUUAGAUUAUGUGUUGAAAUUUUUAAAAUUCUCACAUGAUCUGACUUUUUGAGACAGAUUGACAGAAAAUACUUCUUUUAUUACUUUUCAGUUGGGUUGAGCAUUUCUUCACUCACACACCUAAUUUACCUCAAUUUCGAGUGAUAUACAGUAUAUAAAGAUAUAUAUAUAUAUAUAUAUAGGUAGAUGAAAAGUGUGAAUGGGAAUGGGCUCUAAUUGUGUUUUUUGAUCCCUAUCGGAGACCCAUUUCAGCUGUAGAGGAUAUGAGUUUGGACUUUGUGUGUUCAUGUUUGAAAUUGUUUGGUGAUACGGCACGUCAUGGAGAGUGUUGAUAUUGGGAUUUGUCUCCAAUUGGGUUUUUUUGGUUCCCCUUUUUGGAGUCUUUCCUACUUUGUCAAUGAGUUUGAUUUCUGGUUGAAAUGUCUGAUUUCAGAUUUAAAAAAAAUAAAAAUGAAAAUAUUAUGUUUA